CAAGUCGCUUCAGAUUUUUUCUCUACUUAUAUUUGCGAAGUUAAUUUUACUCAAGUUUUACUCAAAGAUGGAUUCACCGCCAGAAUUGUCCACUGAUUUAUUGGAAUCACAAGAGUAUUUCCGUCAGUAUUUCGAGACAGCUGAACUAAGAUGGCAACAGCUCAAAGAGUGCGAAGUGAAAAUUGGCCGUUUGGAAGAUGAAAUUCGAACAUUUGAGCAGAGAGAAAAUGAUUGGAAAGAACGGAAUGAGCAAAGCCAGGCACUGAUCCUCACCCAACUAGAGCACAUUAAUGAAUUAACUCAAGACUCGAUUAAUGCACAUGAUCUGAAAAAAACUCUGGAGACAAAGGAACUGAUGUACCAAGUUGAAAGGAGUAAGUUAGAGACUGAGAGAGACGCUACUAUUUGUGCAUUAGAAACCGAGAGAAAAAUUCUCAUCGAAAAAUACGAAAAGGAAUCAGCCGUCAUGGUAGAAAAAUUGGCCUUUUUAGAGCAAGAGAAACAGGAGACUGAUCGUAAUACGGAGCUGGAACGUUCAGCCAUGAUUGAAGAUUUCGCAGCUAAAAUUGCCCAGAAUGGCAUGGAGAUCUCCCAGCUCACUCCGAUCAUUUCCUAUAGAGCAAGAGAAACAGGAGACUGA